CCAACAAUUAAAGACAUUACACGAAAACCAUUUAAAAUUUUAUUUUAUGUUACGUUUAAAUAUUUCGUCGUGUGACAUUUAUCAUAUUGACAACAAAACUUUCUCUAACUUAAAAAAUUUGGUGUUGUUAGAUUUAAGUAACAAUAGAAUACAACAGGUACCAGUUGUGUUUAGCAAGCUUCGUUAUCUUAACAUUUCAUCCUGUGACAUUCGUCACCUUGAUAAAAAAUAUUUCGUAAAUUUACAAUAUCUGUUUUCGUUGGAUCUUAGUGGCAACAAAAUACGACAAUUACCUGAUAUGGUUUUUGACAUGCUCCGUCAUCUUACCCACUUGAAUCUUGAUAGGAACUAUGAAUUGACAGAGAUUUCAUCGACAGCUUUUACAGGCUUAAAAUCAGUAAACAACAUAAAAAUAACAGGCACAAGCUUAAAAAGGAUAAGCUCCCAUACAUUUUCAGACUUAAAUCUGAACAGUAUAGAUAUUUCUUACAACAAAAUUGAAGAGAUUGAAGAUGAUGCCUUCAACAAUUCCCAAGUACGUAAAAUCAAUUUUGAAGGAAAUAAUGUGAUAAAGUUUGGAACACAAAUUUUUAACGGCAUAACAUUUCUUCGAGAGCUUCAUACACCUGCAUUUAAAUUCUGCUGUAUCCGCCCUUGUUAUGUCCCUGAAGAAGAUUGCAGACCUUUAAAGAAUGAGUUUUCUUCAUGUGAUGACCUGAUAAGAAACUCUGUACUUCAAGCAGUUCUUUGGAUAGUUGGAAUAGCUUCAUUAUGCGGAAAUCUAUCUUCAAUCAUCUACCGUCUUGUCUAUGAUCGCAAAAGGCUAAAGAUAGGUUAUGGCAUAUUUGUCACUAACCUUGCAGUUGCAGAUUUCCUGAUGGGUGUGUAUCUGAUAAUAAUAGCAGUUGCUGAUUCAUUCUAUAGAAACAGAUACACUUUUGUUGAUGAUUAUUGGAGAAACAGUAAUUGGUGUGUUACCGCAGGAAUUCUGUCUACAGUUUCGUCUGAAGCCAGCGUUUUCUUUCUUUGCUUCAUAACCUUAGACAGACUAUUAGUGAUCAAGUUUCCAUUUGGCACAGUGAGGUUUAGACCUACAAAGGCUUAUAUCUGCUGCGGAAUAUGCUGGUUUAUUUCUAUAACCCUGUCGAUCAUUCCAAUUCUUUACACAAGUCACUUCAAAAGCCAAUUCUACUCUAAAACCGGAGUAUGCAUUGCACUGCCUUUGACGCGAGAUAAACCUCCAGGAUGGAUGUAUUCCGUGUCAAUUUUCGUUGGUUUAAAUUUCUGCACUUUUAUUCUUGUCGCUGUAGGACAGUUAGCCAUAUUCAAAAGAACUUCGACGGGCGUCAGUUAUGAAGAAGACACAACAAUCAAGAAAACGUGAUUUGAAAGUUGCUAGGAAUCUUAUUCUCGUUGCAACAACUGACUUUUUAUGUUGGUUUCCGAUAGGGGUCAUGGGUAAGGUCUCAUAUAAGCCAUAAAUUGGAAUGAACAUUCAUUUUCAAAGUCUCCUUUGCGAUUAAUGAA